AUGUCAUUGGUAACCUCUAAUGCUAAAACAGAACUUGCCAAAGUAUUUCCUGGAACACCAGAGGUUGAUGUUAUUCAUCGCAGAAUACUAGGGAGCCGAAUGUUUAUCUUGAACAAACCAGACAAGUUGAAUGCGUUGGAUUUGAGUAUGAUUAGAAAUAUGACCCCUCAGUUACAGGCAUGGAAUGAGUCUGAUCUGUGUAAAGUUAUAAUCAUUAAAGGUGCUGGUAACAAAGCCUUCUGUUCUGGCGGAGAUGUAACGAGCGUUGUGAGAUUGGCAGAACAAGAAAAGGCAGAGACGACGGAAGAAGGGAAUGCUCUGCGGUUUUUUGAAGAAGAAUAUCAGCUCAAUCAUUUAAUUGCAACGCUCGACAAACCAUAUGUGGCGUUACUGAAUGGCAUUACAAGUACUGUUUCGCAGCCUGCCG